UGGUGCCCACCGACCUCCACCACACCCAGCAGUCCCAGAUGCUACACCAACUGCUGCAGCAACAUGGAGCUGAGCUCCCUGCACACCCCUCCAAGAAGAGGAAGCACUCCGAAUCACCCCCCAACACCCUCAAUGCCCAGAUGCUGAAUGGAAUGAUCAAACAGGAGCCUGGGACCGUGACAGCCCUGCCCCCACACCCCGCUCGAGCCCCAUCCCCACCCUGGCCUCCCCAGGGUCCGCUCUCACCAGGCCCCGGCUCGCUUCCCCUCAGCAUCGCCCGGGUCCAGACACCACCUUGGCACCCACCAGGUGCACCGUCACCAGGUCUCCUGCAGGACAACGACAGCCUCAGUGGCUCCUACCUGGACCCCAACUACCAGUCCAUCAAGUGGCAGCCACAUCAGCAGAACAAGUGGGCGACACUGUAUGAUGCCAACUACAAGGAGUUACCGAUGCUCACCUACCGCGUGGACGCCGACAAGGGCUUCAACUUUUCGGUGGGCGACGAUGCCUUCGUGUGCCAGAAGAAGAACCACUUCCAGGUGACGGUGUACAUUGGCAUGCUGGGCGAGCCCAAGUACGUCAAGACACCCGAAGGCCUCAAGCCCCUCGACUGCUUCUACCUGAAGCUGCAUGGAGUGAAGCUGGAGGCCCUGAACCAGUCCAUUAACAUCGAGCAGUCGCAGUCAGACCGAAGCAAGCGGCCCUUCAACCCUGUCACGGUCAAUCUGCCCCCUGAGCAGGUCACGAAGGUGACUGUGGGGCGGCUGCACUUCAGUGAGACCACUGCCAACAACAUGCGCAAAAAGGGCAAGCCCAACCCUGACCAGAGGUACUUCAUGCUGGUGGUGGCCCUCCAGGCCCACGCACAGAACCAGAACUACACACUGGCUGCCCAGAUCUCUGAGCGCAUCAUUGUGCGGGCCUCCAAUCCGGGCCAGUUUGAGAGCGACAGCGACGUGCUGUGGCAGCGGGCGCAGGUGCCCGACACCGUCUUCCACCACGGCCGGGUGGGCAUCAACACAGACCGGCCGGACGAGGCGCUGGUUGUGCACGGCAAUGUCAAGGUCAUGGGCUCGCUCAUGCACCCUUCUGACCUGCGGGCCAAGGAGCACGUGCAGGAGGUGGACACCACAGAGCAGCUGAAGAGGAUCUCGCGCAUGCGGCUGGUGCACUACAGAUACAAGCCCGAGUUCGCCGCCAGCGCGGGCAUCGAGGCCGCCGCGCCAGAGACGGGUGUCAUCGCCCAGGAGGUGAAGGAGAUCCUACCUGAGGCUGUGAAGGACACAGGAGACGUGGUCUUUGCCAACGGAAAAACCAUAGAGAACUUCCUGGUGGUGAACAAGGAGCGCAUUUUCAUGGAGAAUGUGGGCGCGGUGAAGGAGCUGUGCAAGCUGACGGACAACCUGGAGACACGCAUAGACGAGCUGGAGCGCUGGAGCCACAAACUGGCCAAGCUGCGGCGGCUCGACAGCCUCAAGUCCACUGGCAGCUCUGGAGCCUUCAGCCAUGCAGGGAGCCAGUUCAGCCGGGCAGGCAGCGUCCCCCACAAGAAGAGGCCCCCCAAGGUGGCUAGCAAGUCAUCGUCUGUGGUCCCAGACCAGGCCUGUGUCAGCCAGCGCUUCCUGCAGGGAACCAUCAUCGCCCUGGUGGUGGUCAUGGCCUUCAGCGUGGUGUCCAUGUCCACACUGUAUGUGCUGAGCCUGCGAACUGAGGAGGACCUGGUAGAUACUGAUGGCUCUUUUGCUGUGUCCACUUCCUGUCUCCUGGCCCUGCUCCGGCCCCAGCACCCUGGGGGGAGUGAGGCCCUGUGCCCAUGCAGGUCCAGCCAGAGCUUUGGGACCACUCAGCUCCGACAGUCCCCUGUGACCACUGGGCUGCCAGGCAUACAGCCCUCUUUGCUGCAGGUUACUAGUGGCCUGACGGGCUCAGCCCCAGGUCCAGCCAUCCGCACCUUGGAUCUGUGUUCCAGCCACUCCUGCCCUGUCGUCUGCUGCUCCUCACCCACGCCCCGCCCCACCACUGACCCUAGUCUUGGGCUCAGCUUUAACCCUGGCCGUGGUCUCAGCCCCAGCCCCAGCCCCAGCCCCACCACCAACCACUCAGGCUCCAGCCAGAUGGCUCUGCUGCCAGUCACCAACAUCAGAGCCAAGUCCUGGGGCCUCUCAGCCAAUGGUAUUGGCCACUCCAAGCAUCCCAAGAGCCUGGAUCCUGUGGCUAGCCCUUCAGUCCCCUUCCCUGGGGGGCAGGGCAAAGCCAAGAACAGCCCAAACCUUGGUUUCCAUGGCCGGGCCCGCCGAGGGGCCCCCCAGCCCAGCCCGGGUCCUGCCCAGCCCACUCAGGCCCAGGGCCAGCCAGCCUCUCUCCUUGCAGACCCAGUGCCCUCCCUGACCUCCAUCCAGGUGCUGGAGAAUUCGAUGCCCAUCACCUCCCAGUUCUGUGCUUCAGGGGAUGCCUGCAGGCCUGGAAAUUUCACCUACCACAUCCCCGUCAGCAGCAGCACCCCCCUGCACCUCAGCCUGACCCUGCAGAUGAACUCCUCCUCCCCCGUGUCCGUGGUGCUGUGCAGCCUGAUGUCAAAGGAGGAGCCAUGUGAGGAAGGGGGCUUGGAACAGAGUCCCCAUACCCACCAGGACACCCAGGGCACCUCUCACCAGUGGCCAGUAACCAUCCUGUCCUUCCGUGAAUUCACCUACCACUUCCGGGUGGCACUGCUGGGUCAGGCCAACUGCAGCUUGGAGGCCCUCGUCCAGCCAGCCACAGACUACUACUUCCAUUUCUACCGCCUGUGUGACUGAGCUGCCCCCCUGAGGUGGCACCACACCAGGGACAGGGGUCCCCAGAUGCCCCUUCCACACUGGACGCAAUGGUGUUACACUGGAGCCUGCUGCUGGCCAGCUCUCUGCCGUUCGCUGGUCCUUCCUGAGACUGGUGAAACUGGAAGUCCUCACACUGGAGUUGCUGUUCCUGCUGGUCACCCCUCACACAGCACAGAGGGAGCCAGAGAGACAGAGACUUCCUGCCUGCCACCUCGUUGGGGCCAGAAAAGGACCAAUUCAUAUCUGUCCAGAUAAGGUGGUUGGAGUGCUGGCUUCAGGUGCCCUGGAGGCAAGGGGAAGCCUGGGACCCUGAUUUGUCCAGGGCCCACUCUCCCUGCCUCCCCUUCUGAGACGGAGCCGCCCCUCUCGGAUAGAGGACUGCCUUUGAGAUCAGCCUUAAGAGACUCGGCUGGACCCGCAUGAGUCAAUGGAGGGCAGAUAGCUCUCACCUUUGAAGCUGCUCCCUGGAGGAUGGCUUGGUAGUUGGAAUUCUGGGGUAUGACUGUUACUCUGGACUUGGAUUUCUAAGCUUUAAGUGUGGCCCAGGAGGUUUCUUCUCCCUGGGAGAGUUUGGCUCCCAAGAACUCCUGGGGCAGCCAAGGCCAGCCCUGGAUGGUUGGAAAGACUGACUUUGUGCCUAAAGUCCACUUAGUGCCUAAUGAAGCCACCCUCAGCCUUUCACAGGCCUGAGCCAGUGAUGGCCAGGGGGCCAGGUAAGCCUUGGACCCUUGAACCUAGAAUAUCCCAGGAAGGGAAGUUCCCUACAAGCCCCCAGAUGGUGUUGAGGCCACACAGCCUGUGGUCCUGGGAGCUUCCAGAGCUCACAGUGGUGUUGGUGACCCCAUCAUUCUCUCUGAGCAGAGGUACAGGAAUCCUUGCAAGCAGCAGGCUGGUCUUGGCUGGUGGGUGGAUGCAAAUAGCUUUUGCUGUUAUUAAUGAAGUAAUUACUAAAUGCACUUAAACCAGGGCCGGAAGGAGUGGCAGAGUGCAGCUAGAAAGCCCAGAGUGGGCCAGGGCCCUGGAGUGACACUUGCAAAGUCCUGGCUCUGAUCCCUCCCAGGGAAUCUCAGAGAUACCCAUCCCACUCCUGACCACCAAGACUCUGGCCUCUCCCUCCACUCCUGUCUGCUGGUGGUCUUGUCUCCCCAGAUCAAAGUCUUCCUCCCUGGGCUGAGACAAGUUGCAGGGACCCAUGCUCAUCAGGCCCAAUCUCUGUCUACCCCUCCAUGAGUGGAGUGGUGUGCUUGGGUUAGGGAAGACGUUUUGUCUCAAGUGCCAACUUCAGUGUUUCUUAAUGGUGCCUGGAACAUCCACAUCUAGGCUCGUGGAAGGAGUGUGCUAACCAUUUAGCCAUGUCUGCCAUGGGUUCAGACACGGGAAGGGGAAUUGCCAUCCUUGCCGUGUGGUAUUCUGCCACCUCUUCGGGAACCAGGCCUUGCCCCUAUCCUACCUCUCAUUCUCAGCUUUGAGUGGGAGGCCUUUCUGUGGGGGAGCUGCAGGCCCCCUUCUGCCGUCGAUCUCGAAGCACUUAUUCUCAGGAUAGGGAAACACAAGGGCGUUCGGGGAUAGCAGGGACACCUCACCUUCCAGCCCCUGCCCAAUUUGGCUCUACUCCCUCAUUCUGACAGGAAUUGCAUGACUCCCCAUACCAUGCAGGGGGGCUGAGCCUUACUUAGGACUACUCUGUUCUCCCUCCCACUGGGGAACACUCCCUAUAAUGCCUUAAAACUGCCAAGUCCCACCCCUUGUAAUGGGGUUCUGGGGCUUCCUCAGUGGGAAUGUGUAUUCUUGGACUGCAGCCCCUCAGUCCUUAACCAGAAAGUGACCCUUCACUGCCCCCUGGAGCCCAUUCUGGAUAUAGCACAGCCCCAACCCUGUUAGCAGCUGGCUCUGUUUCCAUGCUUGGGGAAGGGGGUCCUCAGUGCAGGAGGUGGGGCCAAGCUGGGGCUCCAAGCUGCUUGAGGGGGUCAACCUUGGACCAAAGUUGCUUUAAGCCCAAGGUAAAAGGGCUUCAGGGAAGGCAAGUGGGCCACCUGCUGGGGGCUGCCAGCUACCUGGCUGGCACUGGUAUGUGGGUGUCCAGCAGGCCAUCCCUUCCUUCCUCUUUCCCCUUUGGCGUUCAUUCCUGUAGCCUCCGGGCUCCUCUUCCCCUAGCUUCAAGCUGUACAUAGAGCCCCCAGUGCAAAUCCCCCUGCCCACACAAUACUCCUUAGGAGCCUGCAUGUGCAUAGAGCGCCCCCUCCCUCCAAGUUAACUCCCAUUCCUCUCUCUGAGCUUUGAUUCAUAUUUAUCGUGUACCAACUCUGACUCUGAGGUGGGCAGAGAGGGGAGCAGCCCUGGGCCUGCUUGCUUCCUGUCCCCCGAAGUGAUCUUUUCUUCUGAAGUAAAUAUACGUAUAUAAAUAAAUGUAUAAAUACUGCUUUGUAUUGGA